GAGAGAGAGCGGGCGUAGCUUUGUUGAUCUCAUAUCCAAGAGCUUUAAAGCUAGGAUGUUGUUGGGAUUGCACAGUGGAUCCAGAUAUCAAACAGCGGUGUAACCCACUAACCACAGCUGGAUUAUAAAACGUCAUCAUCUGUCAUCCUUCCCGGGGACUUGCCAGGGCGCUUGUGGAUUUACAACGGCGCGUGAAUCAACGUUUCUAGGGCGAGAAGAUGAUGUGGAAAUGCGGACAGAUGUGGUGCGCGCGGCGAGCCCCAGCUGGAACAUGGUUUUGAGAAGAACAGAAGAGCAGCAGUUUUACAUGGAGUUAACACCACUGCUUUUUUAUUUCGGCGCCAUGGUUUUAAGACAAGCCAAGUGUAACUCAGUUUGCAGUUCAGAGACCGUCCAUUCAGUGCAGGAGUUCCUGAACAAGCUCUCCAAAAUGGAAUUAAACGAUUUCAAGCUAUACACACCAACGCUAAGCAAUUAUGGGCAGAACUGUUCCAAAUCCACAAUGACAUGCUUUGAAAAAGAGAUGACUGUUCUUGUUCACGAGACUGAGCAAAACUCAAAUUUACCCACAAGGCUCAAGAAACUCACACGAUACCUUAGUGACAAGACACAUCCUUGCCCACAGUGUGAGGUCUACAAAGAAGAAAAAGCUGAAAUAUUUCUCAAUACUUUACUUCAUAUUUUGCAAAUUAUGUGUUCAAUCAAUAAUACUGUGACCAAAUCUGAAUCUAAAUAAACUAUGCACACAGGAAAAACAUAUUCCUGAGUGGAACCCUACAUAUUUUUGUAUGUAGGGUUCCAUCUCCCUCGAGGAUCAACAUGUUGCGCUUUCUGAAAUACUUUUCUCCUCACCACAGUUGUAAAAAGUGAUUUUUUUUUUUUAAUCACCAUAGUCAACAGAACUGCUGCUUAGUGGAUGUUUCUCACUGUGUGCAUUAUUCUGCAAAAACUCAAGACUGUUGUGUCUGAAAACCCCACGAGAUCAGCAGUUUCCGGAAUACUUAUUUGGCACCAACGACUACGCCACCGGGGGCAAAAUUUUCCUCAUUGGCAUGUUAACAUUUACUGAAGCUAUUGACCUGUAUCUGCAUAAUUUUAUGCGCGGUGCUGCUGCCACAUAAUUGGCUGAUUGGAUAAUAGCAUGAUCGUGCAGGCAUAUAGGUGUUCCUAUUAAAGUGGCCUGUGAGUGUAUAUUUUGUUUCAUAUUUGCACAGUAGUUAAAAGGUAUAGGCUUUGCAUAUUAUUUGUUGCAUUUGGUUUGACAGGAAACUACCUCUGGGAAAUAUAAACACAAUUUUUAUAGUGUCUUGACAUUUUUAAAAGGGUUUUAAGAAGGAUACGGUUCAGGAAUUGCGAGCAGGUGGCAAGGCUGAAAAAUACUUGCUUAUGUUAUUAUUUUGGCUUUGCAAAGUCAGAUUUCAGUGUUUCUGAUCUCUGAUUGUUUCCUGUUCUAACCUAACAGCUACAUCAUGAACGACUUGUUGCGCAAUACAUACAGUAAAAAGCAAAAUUUUGUGUGAUAUUUAUUUGUUGAGUAUAAUGUAAAUAAUUCAUUUUUGCUUUGUGUUAUGAAUAAAUGUUGGCCUGUUACUUAGCUAGUUUUUGUGAAAAUGUCAUUCAUCUGGGACAGAUUUUUUUUGCAUGUGCUAAUUUGAACAUGCCACGACUUCUUGUUACAUUCAAAUCCUGAAAUAUAAACAGCUAUGAAUGUCUGCAAUCUGACACUGCUCAACAGAGAGAACAAAACAUUAGGUAUGAAGAGAACAUACAAGUGUCUUUAAAGGUUUGUGAGAAGAGCAUCCGGCCUACAAGGAUAUGAGAGCACUAUGGAAAAAUGUGACCAGCCACACUGUGUGUGUGUGUGUGUGUGUGUGUGUGUGUAAACUCUUUUUAAUUAAAGCUGUUUUAAAUAUUUAAUUUAAUAAUAGUGACGGAUUAGUGAUUAGAAGGGAGAUAACACAGGCCUGAUUUCCUUUGCCAAACAAUUGGAC